GUAUCUUGUCAUGCCAGAUAGUGCUUGGCAAAUCAUGUUGCCUUGGAUUGGCAAUUUUUCCUUGAUUUGUUUGCAUAGCGUCUGGGGUUCUCAAUUCAUUCUCACUUCUGGUUGUUUUGACACCUCUAUUAUACAUUUCUAUCCUUUCAGUUCAGAUGUUUCAAUGGACCGACAGCUUAUCAUGCUGCAUGUUCAAGGAGAUUGUCCUUGUCCCCUUUGCAAUGCCCGAGGACUGAUUUACUCUUGGAUUGGUACAUGACGGCAUGGCACAUAGUAGAUUUGGUGGUACUCCGCAAGUUAGAAUGAUGAAGACCAGGGUACUGUAUAGAAUAUACUACGUAUCUUAUUUAGAACCUGAGUCCUGUCUUGUUAGUUUUCUCGGAGAUAUAGGCGUUGCGGAGAUAAUAUCACGUGACAAAGGGCAUCUAAUCUCCCCACCAGCCUCACCAUCAUCGUUACUGGCCUGCUGUGGCUGUACUCAGUCCUCGCCUCAACCCAACCGAGCAGUGACAGUACACAUUCUGAACCUACAAGAAAGUGGAAUCGUAUCGGACAAGAUGGGAGACGCCUACGAACGUGAGCAACAAAACAACGCCCUCCUGAACUCCCUGUCGUCGAAAGUUUCGGCUCUCAAAUCCGUAACCAUCGAUAUUCACGAUAAUGCUCGAGAUCAAGACACUCUAGACCACUCGAAUCAGGUCUUCUCUUCCCUGUCAACGAGCCUGACAGGCAGCGCCAGCCGCUUGACCCGCAUGGCACGUCAAGGCGAUACCGUCGCCGUUUUGAAAGUAGCCGGAAUCGUUAUCGCUAUCGGUUUGGCAUUAUGGGUGAUACUGGGAUGGAUUUUCUGAGUCGAUCGAGUCUAUCCCCAUCAUCCCUGUCUUUCACCCAUUUCGAUACGCAAUAUAGUCCCUCGAAAAUAAUCACUAUGCCGUGGAUCAUCUUGCUGGUUCGAAAUUGAUACCGCGUGCUUCGUGCCAUUUAUAUCGU